AUGGCUCCGACGCAGCCAGCGGUCGCUCCUGACCUCGACCUGCUUCUCAGAAAGAAUCGCCGGCAUAUGGCAGAGCUUCAUUCGGAGGGAUUGCAAAGUGUCCAAAAUGCCUUUCGUCAUCUCACAAUGGAGGAUGCCUCCGAGGCGGCCCCUUUCGAUGUAUCAGCAACAUUGGUCCGAGAACAAUCAGUCCAACCUCGUCUGACAAUUUCGCCAAACACUCAAGUUGGGCAGAGCAGCACUCUCUACACGCCCUCUCAUUCCAGCCCGAUCAACACAUCCAGGCUUCCAGUGGCCGAAGAGCAGACGCAGGACGGACAGAACCACCUCCAGCCUCUUGCUAGUACCUCCACAUCAGUCGGCACGUCGUUACCUGCGCAACACCGUUCCACUCCGAAGUAUCAUGCCUUGUCUCACGGCCACUCGCGUCCUGGCUCAAGCGAACGCAGUAACCUUGAGCGGCCGUCAAGUUACGACGCCGCCCUCAGAGGCCGCCUGAACCAGUACCAGGGUUACCUACACCAUGUCCAAGAUGAGCUGCACAACGCAGGCCCGAACACGUACGUCAGUCCGCCCAUUCCUCCAGGAGAGUUUCAUGCUGGGGAGGACUCUGUACAGCGUCUUCGUCGACAUACGCGCGUGCUUCACGACACCGUCAGCGACUUUGAUCCCAACGAACCCGACCCUGAGCACAGCCGUCCGUUCGCAUGGGAGUGCUGGGCGCUUAGGCUUCUCCUCCAAGAUAGGCAUGGGUAUACUGAGGGCGACCUACGGGCUUACCUCCGCGCCGAGUACAACGAGGCCUUGAGGCGGAAGGAUGCGCGAUUGGCAUACAUGCGUCGACAGUAG